UCUUCAUCAAGAUUUGUUUUGUCUUUUCAACCACUACUCGAUCUUUGACGCAUUUAUUAGCGAUGUAUUUAUGGUUAUAAAACACUUUAGAAGCCAAACAUCCGUAAUUAUACAGGACGUCAUUAGAGAAAUUGUGUUUUCCCUUAGAUUUGGGCAAAUUGGACUUGGAUCAUAUUGCAUAUUCCUAUUGGAUCAUAUGGCUUGCUCUUUUAUCUACAACUGAGGUACUGUCAUUAUCUUCAGUUUCAUAGGUUGGAUCCUUGUCAUCAUUUCGGUGGCCUGAAAGGAAAGAACCAAAUUGAUUAAAAACAUACAUUGAGUGCAAUAACGGUCUAGUCCAAACAUCCAACAAAUUGAUCAAUAUUUCAUGAAUGAAGAUAAAUAACAAUCACUCAUACAAACAUGCAGAUGCACUGACACCUUUGUAUAAGCACUAUUUGCUUUCUGAGGUUUCUAUCAAUCUCUGUAACUUACUGUCUGGGCUGUUUUUGCUGGAAUUUUAUAGAUUUUCAUUUGGGAGGGAAAAAAAAAAAAAAAAAAAAAAGGCCAUCAUGGAAACAGGAGUUGGCACAGUGUUGCAUUGAUGAAUCAGGAAAAGUGCAAUAGUGGACCUAUAUGUCAAAAUAUUUUAUCGAUAAAUGUUCGCAGUUAACUUAAAAAAAUACAAAACUGGAGUUACCCCACUCUAGUUCUCAGUGGCUCAAUUCACACAUCACCUCACAGCCAUUUCAAUGUCAGGCAAAGUUGCCAAGCAAGAGUACAACGACUUUACACAAGUUAUGCAAAACAUGGUUGACUGACACUCGGCAUUCACAUGCACAUGCACUUGUGUGUGUGUGUGUGUGUGUGUGUCUGCAAUCCCAAUUGUGAAACAGGAGUAAGACAAGUCAAACACAAAGAUGAUUUCAUUCCGAGUCCAAAUUCCACAGUAGGGCCCGAGUGGCGUUUGAGGCAGAUAAAGGAAAAUGUAUGUGCAGUUUUGUAAAGCUGCUCGGCUCUCAGGAAUCUCUACGACGUGGACUGAAGGAAGGUCCCACUGAGUCACUGUCACACACGCCUGCACCCAGCUGGGCGGGAUCAAAGUGUGUGUGUGUGUGUGUGUGUAUGUCUGUGUGUGUGCGCGUGUGUCAGUCAGGUGGCUGCAAGGGUGAAAAGGUGAGACUGCGGUAGAAGUCAGACAAGCGAGAUGCUGCUCACCUGACAAGAAGACCACCAAAAGGGGCGACGGGAAGUUCAAAGCAUGGCGACACUGACUCCCGUCUGACCACCUUCUUCUUCUUCAUCCGCUUCCUCAGCCAGCAAGGUCCCGCAUCCUUCCCGCCACCAUCAUGUCUGACCCCAGCUGGUGGAAGCUGACGUUCUCCCGCAAGACCAAGUCCGAGCCCAAGGUCCUGUACGAAAUCCCGCCGGAGUACGGCAGCAACACCAAAGAACCGUCGGGGGGCGGCGGGCCCGCUCCGGAGGCGGCCGAGUUCAGCGCCAGGCUGGAGAAGAUCGUGGACAAGUCGGCCACGAAGGGGCGCCACGUCAAGGUGUCCCACUCCGGUCGCUUCAAGGAGAAGAAGAAGGUCCGAGCCACGCUGGCAGAGAACCCCGACCUGUUUGGCGAGCAGAACCACAAGAAGAAGAGUGACAAGUAGCACAUAUGACAAUGUGGACCCGACGGAAGGAGAACGGGUGAAAAUCCCCGGACCAACACGUGCUGGUCCGACAUCCAGGACCCCUAACAGAACCUUCAUGUCUGUUUGUAUAUUUUAAUAGUCUGUUUGUAUAUUUUAAUAUUCUAACGGGGGUGUUUUAUUAUAAUGAACUUGUGCUACACAAUCAGUACACAAGUGGAGUAACCAAAGCGGAGAAACAUCUACAAUUGUUGUACAUAUCAAACAAGACUGUGUAGUGGUAUCUUUCUUUUUGAUAAAUCCAACCAAGACGUCAUGUAAAACACCCUCUUUUGUGCUUAUUUACACAUUUUCUAAUGCGAGUCGCAAAACAUGAAUGUCAGGUUCCAUGAAGAUUGUGCACAUAGUAGGCGUGAAUGUGAGUGUGAAUGCUUGUUUUUCUAGAUGUGUCCUCCCAUUGACUGGCAACCAGUCCAUUUUUUUUGUCUAAAGGUGCCAUGCGAUUUGAGUGACGACCAGCCAGUUGUAUGUUGUUUGAAAAUGGAUAAAAGUCUCCUAAUGCGAGCCUCAUCUGUUGCUGCUUCUGUUGCCAUGGUGACAGUAAGCAGACACUCGUCACUCGACUCGCUCGUCAUGGACCAGCUCAUCCUCAUCCUCUAAGGUGGAACAUUACACUGACACUUGGUGGCUACAUACUACACGCAGACACCACUUUUUGCAAAGCAUUCAUUUAUUACAAAAACCAUAAAAUAAAACAAAUUAUACGAAGCAAAAAAAAAAAAGACAUUUUAACAAUACAACUGAGGGAGCUUUUUAUUUCAAACCUAACAGAAGAAUAUAACUGGUUAUUCCAGUGUUGUAUGCAUGAUAGCACUUGUACAGUAAUAUCGUUUUACAGAAAAUAACAUUG